AGAGAGGAUGGCGCUUGCUCCCCGGUCGUCUCUUCGCUCGCUGGUGCUGCUCAUGUCGCACGGGAAGCCCCAGCUGAGCGCUUUUUUCUCCUCCGCCGCCACCACCGCCGCGCCCAAGGCCGCGAAGCCUCCAGCAGCUCCAGCCGGUGAUAGUCCGGCCACCGACCCUCCAGCCGCUGCAGCUUCGUCGUCUGGAUCUGGCUCGACUCACAGCGCCCCUCUGGAAUGCCCAAGCAGAAGAUUUAGACAUGUUGAACUUGAACCUGAACCUGAGGGCUCAUAUCACACACUUGGACAUGAAACUGACAAGAUUCCGCCUGGCGCCACCAAGGAUCCGGAGGGCCCAAUAUCCGAGGGCUCAUGCGGCACGCCUCAACCUGUAUCGGACGAUCCACAGCCUGGACCUCGCAAAGACCCGAGGCACAGAGUUCCUGAAGACCCGUAGGGCCUGUGCGAUGCCGGAGAAGUUGAGAUUUUUCUUGUGCUCAUCACAUCCAGAUAUAGCAAUAGAAUUAUCCGUUAAUUGUAAUUGGCUCCUACACAUCAUGUAUUCCCAAAUUGUUAGCACCCGAUCCCUUAUGCAUCUUAUUUAUUGAUAUUGAUACUUUA